AUGAAGGAGGUUCCAGAAGCCAGAAUGGAGGAAGAGAUCCAAGGGGUCUGCAUGGAGGAGGAGGCACCACAAACCCGCGAGGAGGAGAACGUGUGCAUGGAGAAGAGCCCAGUAAUGUCGUGUGAUGCUACUCCGAUGGAAUGUUCGUGUAAUGUUACUGGCCAUUGGCGUAACGAGCUGGGCUCCGACAUGCAACUCACCGCCAAGGACUCCUCUCUACAGGGAUGGUACAAGACGGCCGUGGGGACUAUCCAAAAGGCGGCGUUGACUGGCUUCGUCAGCGCUGGGGUGCAACCUCCUACCGUGUCAUUCUCCGUGUUGUGGAAAGAGGGUGGCUGCACCUCGUGGGUGGGUCAGUGUUUCGUUCUGCCGACUGGUGACUGCGUUUUGAAAACCAUCUGGAUGUUGCGCUCUGUUGCAGAAGGCCCUGACGACAACUGGACUAGCACCAGGGUUGGAGCAGACACUUUUUCAUUUGUAGGCGCAUGUUGA